AUGGGGAGCAUGUUACGAUAUAUUGCUUUGUUGCUGGUGCUUUGUGCUGUGGCACAAACGCAGGCGCUGAAUGUGUAUGCCCGAGCUGCUUUGCCCAUUUCGGAGGAGGUUGACGACGAGGAGCCGUCGGCCGAGGGACGCGUCUUUUCGAUAAUCCGAGAUUCGGAUAGAGAUCAGCCACCGAGAUAUCCCCACCAUCAUGACGAUAGGCCUAUUAUUAUACAGCCGCCGCCGCCGCCGCAACAGCCCUCGUAUCCAGCACCAUCGUAUCCGCCGCCGCAAUAUCCAUCGCAUCCCCCGCACCCGUAUCCGCAACCCUAUCCACAGCCCUACCCGCAGCCAUAUCCGUUCCCCGUGCCUGUGCAUCAUCCGCAUCCACCGCCGCCGACAAUCAUUAAGCCCAUCAUUAGGCCACACUAUCCACGUCCACGUCCGCAUCACCACUAUGGAUCCGGUUUUAGCGGCUACGCUUUUCCACCAUUCAUCAACAUCACCUACUCGCCCGUGUUGACCUCAGGCACAACAUCAGCCUCUACCGGCAGCACCUCAACCGGCGGCACCACAACCGGAGACAUCACGGACGGCACACGUUCCGGUCUAGACCAACAGCAGUUGAAUUAUUUAGCCCAACUGUCCCAGCAGCUGCUUGCCCAAUCCAUUGGCUCCCAGCCCCAGCUGCUGCAGUACUCCAGCCCAGUCGCAGCAGUGGCACCCAAUAGUCUAAUCUAUCAGCAGCAGCCACAGCAAUACUAUGCACCGCCCACAAGCCAACUGUUUGCCAUCAAUCUGGACGAGACGCAAGAGCAACUGGAUGAGGUUGAGCCUACACGGCCGAAGACCAAGCCCAAGAGACAGCAGUAUACAGUGCGUCGUACCCAGAAAUCAAAGAAGAAGAACAAGAAGAACAGGAAUCACACAAAGCUAGUUUAUUUGGCCCUCGAACCAGAAGCCGAGGCACAAGCUCAGUCCACGGUAAUGGAGCAGGUUGCCUAG